UGCCAACUUACGUAAAUACUGAAAUAUGGCCACUGCAGCACUAACGAAACUUGCUCCCGCAAGAAAAGCUCUGGUUCAGCUAUGUCAGACAAGAUGUGCACAGACAGCAGCAGCCGCAGCAACACAGGAAGAACCUAGAUACAAGAAAUUUAAAAUAUACAGAUGGGACCCCGACAAGGCUGGAGAUAAGCCCACACUGCAAGAGUAUGAUGUUGAUCUCAACAAAUGUGGUCCCAUGGUACUUGAUGCGCUGAUUAAAAUAAAGAAUGAGAUUGAUCCGACGUUAACCUUUAGAAGGUCAUGCAGAGAAGGAAUCUGUGGUUCGUGCUCUAUGAACAUCGGAGGAAUCAACACUCUAGCUUGCUUGUGUAAAAUUGAUGCCAAUACCAGCAAGGCCCUGAAGGUGUAUCCUCUGCCACAUAUGUAUGUUGUGAAGGAUUUAGUACCGGACAUGAGCAACUUUUAUGCCCAGUACCGUGCCAUAGAGCCCUAUUUGAAACAGAAAAGUGUAGAGAAAGACGAGAGUCAAAUCGGAAAGGAACAGAAUCUACAGUCAGUUAAAGACAGAGCUAAGUUGGACGGUCUGUAUGAGUGUAUACUCUGUGCUUGCUGCAGUACCUCUUGCCCCAGCUACUGGUGGAACUCUGAUAAGUACCUCGGACCAGCUGUAUUGAUGCAGGCAUACAGGUGGAUGAUAGACUCGCGUGAUGAGUAUCGACAGGAGCGUUUACAGAUGAUGGAGGACUCUUUCUCUGUGUAUAGGUGUCACACUAUAAUGAAUUGUACAAAGACAUGUCCAAAGGGUCUCAACCCAGGCUUGGCUAUAGGAGAAAUCAAGAAGAUGCUUGCACAGUAUAACAACAAAGCUUAGACCUACAAAUUACAGUGGAUUCUGUAUCGUUGUGAUAUGCUGACCAACAAAAUUACAAUGGGUGCUUUGUCAUUGUGAUAUGCUGGACCUUUUACCCAUCAAGAACUUCGAGAUACCCUGGUAUGCUUAAAACUGUGUUAAAAGUGCUCUGGCUUUUCGGGAAGGCAUAUGACUGAUUAGAAAAUAAGGAAUAUGAUAAACCUGUUUUGCUGCUACAGAUUCUACAGAACUAAGAUGCAGUAGAAUAUUUCGUAAUUGUUUGUGGCAAAGAGAAAAAAGGAAAAAUGGUUUGGGAAGAAAAAGACAUUUUUCACAAAUUUUUUUCAAAAUGAGACAAGAUUGACCAAUUUAUUGAUUAAAGGUUUGAUGAAAUUGAUCAUACAUACAAAAUUAGUAAGAUUUUGAACAUUUUGAAAUAUCACAGUAGUUGUAAAUGAACAUCGUCAGCUCAGAAUUAUUGUUUCUCUGAAACUCUUAUUUAUGUAUACACUGUUUUUUUAUUAUUUUGAAAAAAGAAAAUGAUGUAAUAUUAUUGCAAAUAAAAAGUUUUAUGGAGGCUA